CCUACCCUUUCUUUUUGUGAACCACAUGCUUAGAUAUCAUUUUGGGAGCUCCUAAACACCUCCCCCUCACCCCCCAUUCGAACUGAAAGGGAUAAGAAAGAAGGGAGAGCCUCACACUCAAAAGAGAAAGAGAUAAGGGAGCUGGCCGCAGGGUUAAUCUCCAGUUCGUGGAGCUCACUGUUUGGUUCGUAUCUUGAGAAAUACUCAUCCAAAAGGGGCGUGUGAGGUGUCCACUGAAAGCUCUCAAGAAGAGGAAUCCAUAGACAUGCGGUUUGAAGGAAACGGAGCAGUUUAAGGCCUCCAAAUCGUCCGAACAAAACGCAACCUUGCAGAAUACGUUUUUGUAUUCAAAGUUAGGGGACGAAUUUGUCGGAAAACACCCGUUCUAGGGACUGUUUUCGUGUCUUCGGUUAGGAGUUGAGCAAGCACCUCGAGGAGGCUGUUUAACACUCAUUUUUAAGCAAGGAAUCAGUUCUCAAACUUCCUUGGCCGAGGCUUUGGUCAUUGGAUCAAGAAGGAAUAGUUUAAAGCUCAUUUGAGGUGAGGAUCGACAUCUAAUUGCUUACAACUUGUAGGUUAAGCAUGAGAUUACCUAAAUGCCUAAAUCAUAAUUUUUCAUGGAUUAUGAUGAUUAAAUAUUGAUGAAAUAUUGAUAUGGUUCCCAAAGAAUGAAAUUGGAAAUGAUUUGAGGAUGUAUGUAUAAUAUGAGAUUAAAUGAGUUAUAAAUGAACUAUUUUGUGGAAUAGGAAUUUUACUCAUGUAUUAAACAUGUGGAUACAUAAAUGGAUAUUAUGUAUUGAAGUGGAAUAUUUAAGUUGAUGCUACAUACUUAUAAAUAUGUAGAGAAUUACAAAAUGAAGACAUUUGUAUAAUGACAAUAAUCUUAAUAGUAUUGAAAAUACUAGUUAGUGAUUAUUUGAAAUUGUUGAUAGAAUUGAUCCUAAGUAUUGGAUUGUAUGGAAUGAACUUGAAUGUACUUCAAGUGUAUAAAAUGACUUAGUAUGAAACUAAGGGCAUGUUAUGGGCGGUCAUUGAGAAUGACCCAAGGUAGAUUAUUGAGAUGUCAAUUCUAGGCAUAGGGUUGCUUAGGAAUUGGACUAUAAUGAAGAAUUAGAGCCGGACUUUGUGAUUUGCAUGGAAAUGUAGUUGGUCCGAGACCUUGCCAUGUAAAUUGUGAUUUGCAUAGAAAUGUAGUUGGUCCGAGACCUUGCUAUGCAAAUGUGAUAGGAUGUAAUCGUGAUUUGCAUGGAAAUGUAGUUGGUCCGAGACCUUGCCAUGUAAAUUGUGAUUUGCAUAGAAAUGUAGUUGGUCUGAGACCUUGCUAUGCAAAUGUGAUAGAAUGUAAAUUGUGAUUUGCAUAGAAAUGUAGUUGGUCUGAGACCUUGCUAUGCAAAUGUGAUAGAAUGUAAAUUGUGAUUUGCAUAGAAAUGUAGUUGGUCCGAGACCUUGCUAUGCAAAUGUGAUAGGACGCAAAUGUAAUAUAACGAACUUGACAUAAAGGAUUGCAUAGAAAUGUAGUUGGGCCGAGCCCUUGCUAUGCAAUGGUAAUGUAAUGAACUCUAUGAAUUGUCGUGGCUCAUAGUCACGGGGAAUGGAAAUGGCGAUUUCUAAAUGAACAUGGGCCCACGGGCCGACUACUUGACUUUUAUAUAAAGUAAGUAUAUUUUCAAACGAGGUAACUUGGGGUUACCACUAUAUUGUAUUAUCACCCUAUUUGAGGGUCUUGUGUUUGAAAUACUUGUUGUAUAUCUAUUAGAUGCCUGCCACACCAGCACUUUAUAGCCGUAUAGAGUGCUGACCCCUUCGGGGGCGUCCCACCACCAUUUUUCAGGUUGAGGCUAGAGCUUGCUUCCUGUGCUCGUUGCUCGAGAGAUCAUCUAGGGGCGAAGACUUGGUUCGUGCUUCCUCCAUUCGGAUUUUAAACAUUAAUAAACAUGCUCAUGGAUAUUUUAUUAUAGAGCCUGCGUGCUCAUGAAUAGCCCUGUGUGGCCCUUUUGUUUUAAACAAUGUUUUCCGCUGCGUUAUGAAUUACUUAUUAUGUUUGUUUAUGGAUGACUUGUGUGUGAAUGAUAUUCAUGACGCCUUGUAUAAUAUGAAUGUGUUGGACUGCGGUUGACUAUUCGUAUUGUACGGCGGGUUGUCGACGUGUCCGGGGAGGUCCGGGGCGUGACAAUUAAGUUGGUAUCAGAGCCUUAGUCCAUAAACUUCAUAAUGAAGUCUCAAAAUUCUCUCUUGAAAAGAUUUUGAAAACCAUGAGCAUAGAAGUUUUGUACUUGGAGAGCUUUUGGUACUUGGGUUGCAAGGUCUCUAAUUGUUAAGAUGGUACCCUUAGCAAUUGGUAUGGCGGUGACUCGAGCCAAAAUGUGUCUUAAGUACCUAUCCGUCAAUUGACAUUGAUACGAGUCUAACGACUCUUUCCAAAUUUCUUUCAGAAAUGGACCGUGGUGGCAGGAUUACUAGGAGAAACCUGACUGGCCGUGUACCAGUGGAGACUGGACAGGGCAGUCGAAGGACCUCUAGGGCAUCUAGAGGGGCUGGCCGAGGAGGCCGAUCACAGACCGUGAGCGACGGUCAUGUGAGUACCGAGAACGAGAGCUACUGGUCCUAUGAGGACUCGACCUAUCGACCGGAAACAGAACCGGUUGAAACCCCUUAUGAAGGGGAUGAUGAUGAUGAUGAUGUAAGUGAUGAGGAGGAAAACGGCUCCUUAGCACGGAUUGAGGCACUACUCCAACAAUAUCACCGUGAGCGUGAAGAGAGGAGGGAACGUCGAAGGCGCCGAGCCGGGCAACCUUCGGGCGGGGCUUCAAGGGAGAGGAGUCAUGGUGACUCUAGGGCCCAUAUCGAACCACAUGAGGGCCGAGGUGAUGGAGGCCCGAUCGUAAGGAUCUCCAAAUACCUCAAAGAGGCACGAGACUUGGGGUGCAAACCCUUCAACGGAGCGGGUGACAUCUCGGUCGCCGCGGAAUGGAUCAAGAGGUUGAACGAAGCAGCCCUUGAUAUGCAACUCACCCCCGAGUUUAAGCUAAGGGUGGCGGUGAGGUUGCUUGAAGGGAUGGCAUCCACAUGGUGGGACGGAGCCAAGGGAAAGUAUGGCAACACGGUGACUUGGGAGAAUUUCCGACAGGAAUUCUUUGCCCAAUAUUAUUCUGAUUUUGAGGUGAACGCCAAGAGAAGAGAGUAUACCCUCCUGACCCAAGGGGGCAAAAUGACGGUGAGGCAACUUGAACACAAAUUCAGGGAGCUCGCGGAGUUCAUACCGGAGUAUGUCUGUGACGAGAACCGGAUGGUAAAUCACUUCUGGGAUGCCUUGGACUUAGAGGUGCGUGAGAGGGAAACACAGUUGCCUAACAUGACCUUUAGCCAAGUGGUCGAGCAAGGGUUGAAAGGGGAGAAACAAUGGGAGGAGAGGAAGAGGAGAGAUGCCGAAGAGGCGAAAAAGAGAAAGGGGGAGAGUCAUGGCCCUCAAGGUUCCAAUAAAAAGGGAAACCAUGGAGGAGGAUCUUUCCGAACACCACCGCCCCCACCUAGGGGGAACCAAGGCCCGAAUGGACAAGGAUCACGGACCUCGGGGGUAGCUCGGUGCAAUAAUUGCAAAAGGAGCCACUUUGGUAAGUGUCGUGACCCUCCUAGAUGCUUCCAAUGUGGGGAUGCCGGGCAUUUGAAGAUGAAUUGCCCACAAUUGGGUGGGGCAAGGUCAUCGGGACCAAGUAGCGGGGCUACGGGAAGUAGAAACCAAGCCGGGGGUUCCCAAGUAACCAGGGGGCAAGGGGGAGCAAGCGCGAGUAACGCGCCGUCCGUGAAUCAAGGAAGGACGCAAGCUAGAGUCUACGCAAUGACCGAGGCUGAUGCUCGGGCUAAUCCCGACUCCGUCGCAGGAACACUAAAGAUUAAUGGGAAGGAUGCGCGAAUCCUUAUCGAUACCGGGGCGCAACGUUCAUUUGUGAAUGAAGCGUUCGCCAAGAGGUUGGGAGUGCAAUCCGCACCAUUGAUGCAAACCUUAGUGGUGUCAACACCACUAGGGGAUGACGUGGAAAGAACUUGCCACUAUCCAUCGUGUGAGGUGGAAGUGGAGGGCCAAAACUUGUCGUGUGAUUUCGUGCCGCUGAGUAUGAUUGAGUUCGAUGCAAUCCUGGGUAUGGAUUGGUUUGAGAAGCAUCAUGCUAGGGUCGAUUGUUACACGAAAGUACUUGAACUCGAAGUCAAUGAAGGGGUAACCUUACGCUUCGAGGGGGAUAGGGCAAAAUCCAAUAGUUGCGUCAUAUCCGCUGUGAGGGCUAAGAACAUGAUGAGGAAGGGGUGUCAUGCAUAUCUAGCAUAUGUAGUGGACAAAACCAAAGAAGAGACGAGUAUUGAUGAUGUGAGGGUGGUUUGUAAGUAUCCGGAUGUCUUCCCUAAAGACCUACCGGGGCUUCCACCUGAUAGAGAGAUUGAAUUUGUGAUCGAGGUCGAGCCUCGUACCAAACCAAUCUCCAUUGAAUUCCUUGUUAUGUCGUUAAGGUUAACAAACGCCCCGGCGGCAUUCAUGGACUUGAUGAACCGAGUAUUUCAUAAGUACCAAGACCGAUUCGUGAUUGUGUUCAUAGAUGACAUCUUGAUUUACUCAAAGAGUGAGGAAGAACAUGAAGAGCACUUGAUACUCGUUCUUGAGACACUACGAAAGAACCAACUCUAUGCCAAAUUUUCUAAGUGUGAAUUUGGCUAAAGGAGAUUGGCUUCCUCGGGCACGUGGUUUCAGGAUCGGGAAUUGCAGUUGAUAACAAGAAGAUAGAAGCCAUUACCGAAUGGGAGAGGCCAAAGAACGUCAAGGAAAUUCGUAGUUUCCUUGGAUUGGCAGGCUACUACAGAAAGUUUGUGGAGAAGUCCUCUGUUCUGGCAUCAUCAUUGACGAAGCUCACUCGUAAAGGAGCUAAGUUCGUGUGGGAUGACAAAUGUGAGAAGGGGUUCUUAGAAAUGAAGAAGAGGUUAACCGAGGCACCAGUACUUGCACUACCCAAACAGGGUAUGGGGCACGAUGUCUAUAGUGAUGCGAGCAUCCAAGGGGUUGGAUGUGUGUUGAUGCGGAUGGGAGGGGUAAUUGCCUAUGCUUCACGACAGUUGAAGAGGCAUGAGGUAAACUACCCUACUCAUGAUUUAGAGCUGGGAGCAGUGGUGUUUGCAUUGAAGAUAUGGGGACACUAUCUCUACGGGGAGACGUGUCACAUACACACUGAUAAUAAGAGCUUGAAGUGUGUAUUUACUCAUAAAGAGUUAAACAUGAGACAGAGACGGUGGAUGGAGUUGAUAAAGGACUACCAUCUAGUUAUUGAGUACCAUCCAGGGAAGGAAAACGUUGUAGCAAAUACCCUCAGUCAGAAGAGUUCGUCUGGGGCAUUGCUGACUAGUUUGAGGGCAUUGAGAGCCCAAUUGGAUGUAUAUCCGCCUGUAGAGGAACGUGAGGAUGUGAACUACGUUGUGCAACCGAUUAAGGUCAUUGAUAGAAAGGUGAAGAAACUGCGGAGUAAAGAAGUCCCAAAUGGUUAAAGUCCUUUGGAAGAGCGAUCGUGUCGAAGAAGGGACAUGGGAAAUAGAGGCUUUGAUGAGGGAGUAGUAUGCUUCCCUAUUUGAGUAGAGUUGCGAAUUUCGGGGACGAAAUUCCUGUUAAGGGGGGGUGAACUUGUGACACCGCACCCGAACGUCCUUGAAAAACUCAAUAUAAAAAAAAAAAUUAAUUUCUAUGUAUUGAAUUUUCGAUUUCCAAACAAUUGUAAAACAAUUAAUGUUUUACGUAGCGCAUGAUUGAUUUUUGUAUUGUUCAAACUCGUAUGUUA